AUGACCAAGAUCUCGUUGCUGAAGCAUCCAACUCAGAAGCGCGAAGCUGCAUUGUCCAACUCGUAUGGGGAGCCGCUGCCGUCAGACGCGUACGGUCCACCCAGGGAUGUACCCAACAACAUUCCAGAACUGAACCAGCCGGCUCCCGUGUACGGCGUGCCGAACUUCCAGAACAACAUCUUCCCCCAGGAACCGCCGCCGGGCGCGUACGGGCCCCCCAGCCCCGUCGUAUUCCCGAGUCAAACGUACGAGGGUCCCCCGCCGCCGAUCGGAAAACCGAAACCGAUCUACGGCCCCCCGAAACUCUACGGCCCGCCGAAGGCCACAUACGGCCCCCCCAAACCGAUAUACGGCCCACCCAAGAAGACCUACGGCCCGCCGAAGGCGAAUCUGCCGAAACCGAUAUACGGGGUCCCGUUCAAACCGCCCAAAGUGUCCUUGCCGAAGCCGAUAUACGGAGUCCCGAAGCCCGUUUACGGCCCGCCGAAGCCCGUUUACGGGCCGCCGAAACCUAUCUACGGACCCCCGAAGGCCACGUACGGUCCCCCGCUGCCGAGCUUACCGAGCCUGCCCCCGAUCCCCGAACUGCCCGCGAUCAACUUCGGCAGCGGCAGCGUCAGCGCCAACUUCGGAAUAGAGAACGAGAUUGAUUCGGGGCUCAACCUCCCGGCGCCCGUCUACGGGACUCCGAUCUCUCUGAAGCCGAACUUCCCGGGGGACACUUCCGGGCCCCCGGCCCUCUCGCUCGGGCCCGUCGGCCCCAACGACCAGCUCGUCGUCCACGACGCGGCGCUCGGGCACUACGGGCCCCCGCAGCCGGACCCCGACCCGCGGCCCCCCCACCCCGGCAUCCCCGCCCCGCCCACGCCCCCGCACGUGCUCUACGACGGCUGGAAGCCCAUCCCCGGCCUCGAAGGCCUCCACGUCGCCCCCCCGGGGCACCGCGCCCCCGUCGGUGAUCACUACGGGCCCCCGCCCCCGCCGCCCCAGUUCCAGGAGGUGCAUUCGAACCUCGACGGCCACUCGCUGCCGACCGCCGCGAACUCGGUCACCUUUUCCGGCGCGCAGAUCAGCGCCGGAUACUCGCACGUGCACCAGGACGCGCUCGGCGACGUCGACCUGAACGCGAUCGUCGGCGGCGACUCCAACCACAUCGACCAGUCGAAGACGGUGUUCGAGGCGCACUACAUAGAGAACGCGGGCGCGCAGCCCCCCCUCGCGCUUCCGCCCUCCGGCCCGGAGAAGCCGCGGGACUCGUACGGGGCGCCGCCCCCCGCCUCCCUGACCGGGGGCCGCUACCCGCCCGCGACGCGCUCGCCCGGCGCGAAGGGCCUGCUCCCGCCGUCGGGGAUAUACGGAGUCCCGCCGGGGGGCCAGUACGGCGCGCCGCCCCCCUUCGGCGGCCCCGCGCCGCGCCACCCCAUCAAGUUCCGCGAGGGCGUCCCCGAAGGCCUGCUGCAGUCGAUCGGCCACCACACCCACCACAAGGACGUCCACGGGCUGAACCACGGUCUCCGGGGCCCCGCCUACCUCCCUCCGCCGAUCCGGGACGUGAAAGAGUUGAGCCCCGGCGACGGCGGAAUAUCGCUCUCGAUCACGCCCUCGAAUCUGUACUCGCUGCCGCACGCCGGCAACCCGAUCGGUUUCCACCCGCUCCAGCCGAGCCCCGCGAACCUGUACGGGUCCCCCGUGGACUCGUACGCGGCCCCCCUCCUGACCGUGGGCGACCACUCGGCCGCCCCGUCCGACACCGACGCGGUGGCCGCGGCGCCGGACGGCUCGCCGCUCGCCUCGCUGAGCCCCCUCGAGGCCGCGGCCGUGCUGAAGCACUGCCCCUACCACGAGGCCAUCAUGCGCGCGGCCGCGAGGGGCGAGCAGGUCCCGCCCGAGCUGGCGUCCUCGUACGUGGCCAGCCUGAGCUCCCUCGGCUCGACGCUCUCCAAGAAUCGACAGGCCGGCGGCGACUCGUCCACCGCGUCGCACGAGGCGAUAGAGACGAUCCUGCCGAGGGACGACGCGAAGAAGGAGGGAAAGACCGACCCCCCGAGGGGGAAAUCCAUCAAAAACCAGGGCGCCGAAGAAAGUCUCAAAAAAGGAAUCGGGGCGCAGUACGUCGCCCAGCAAAUAGAGCAAACCUCCGAGAAGAUCAAAAACUUGAGCGAGGAAGCGGAACGGCUGCGCCACAGAAUAGUCUCCGACCAGAACUCGAACCAGCGAUUCGUCCAGCACUCCGGCUCGGGCCCCGGGUACUCCGUUCAGAUACAAUCGUCCGAGGACGGCAGGGGCAAAACCGUCCAUCCGUCUAUUCCCCACGAGCAGCUGCUGUCGGAGGGCUUGCUGCAGAGCAUAUUGCAAGCGAUAGAGCAGCCCUCUCGGCCGCCUCACGUAAAAGUAGCUGACGAUCAAAAAAUAAACUUCGAGCAGGCCGGUUCUUUGGAUUUCACGAACUUCGAUGCCGGCGGUCUGACCCUCCCGGCCGGUUACGAGCCGGUAGACCGAACCGAGGACAAGAAAAACGAUCUGGAAACGCAGAGCUCCAUCCGAAACUUUGUCCGAUCCGAGAUCGAGCAUCACAGAGGUGACGUACCUCCCGCGGACUGCGAUUUGAAGGCUGAUAACUCUGUCACUCACACCAUAGUGGUCCCCCCUCCUAAUAUUGAUAACGUCCGACCCGUCGAUGACGUAGACAACGACGUAGCUAUAUUCUUCGGCGACAGCUCCGAUAGUAAAGAUAAGAGUGAAACUGUUACAGAAAUAUCGGUGGCGACUAGUAUAAGUGAAAACGUGGAAGAAUACGGUGAUAAGAAAGAAUUCGGAGCUAAAAUAGAUAACUCGUGAAAGUUCAGGUGUGCCGGAGAAUCUAGUCUUAUAAAACCAGUGAGCUGAAAAUUUUAGGUUGAAUUGUCUUAACAUGGGUUUUAGUAUAUUCCGUCCUAUAUUGUGCUAAGUUUUGUGGAUUUAUCCCGAUCAGAAAAAAUAAUUUUUGAAAAAAAAACAUUGAAUUUUGAGUAAGUAAAACAAGAAGAAAAAAAUUCUGUGCACUCUAAGCACAUCUCUCUAAUUACAUAGAGCGCCAAUAGUAGUUAAAAAUAUGACUACUCACCAUAUUUUUCUUGACCAAACUUUUCGAUUUUACUCCCAUAUCAUUCUAUUUCACUUUUUAUUAAUUAAAAUCACCCUCUCUUCUAGUCAUUCAUAUAUUUUCCCACCUUUCUUUUUAUGGCACAGCCAUACUUGUCAAAAAUAAAGAAUAGUACAAAUAAAAUUCAACCUUAACACAUUUAUCAACUUUAAAUAUUAUAAAAAUAUAUCUUGUCAUUGUUGCUUUUUCUUCAUUAGUAAAGUUGUUAGGUCAUGAUGGCAUAGCUCACUGGCGCCAUUUUGAUUCGAAAAUAGGUUAAAACCUCCUUUGUCGGAUUUACGUAACAGCGCCAUCUCGACGAUUUGAGGUACAUCCACAGUGGGACGUCUAUUGAGUAUAGAUCUGUUUACACUACUGGAUGCAUUUCAAAUUUGGUAACUUAUAUUUUUGUUAUUUUUAAAUUAAUUUAAACUUAUUAAUUAAAUUAUAUACUACCAUUAAUAUUUUUAAUGUAAGUUUAAUACAGUAUUUGGGUGUUUCACUAAUUAUUUAUUGAGAUUCGAAUGAUUUUUUGUAUGUACAACUUGAGUGCAUUGUAACGUUACGUAAUCGUGCUAGUUUUAAGUUGCGAAUGAAUAAAAGUGUACAUAAAAUAACUUGUUUAUUUUACCUGACCUUUAUUGAAAUUUAAAAACACUUUAAGUAAUAAUUCUACGCUCAAAAAUCAUUUAUCUGAUUAUGAAAUUAAUUCUUACAUUAUAAUGUAAAUAAAUAGUGCGUCAAAUAUUUCUAAAGUUCCUGUUAUGAAUAUUAUAGCAAACACUUCAAAUGAUAACAGUAAUAAAAUUUUGCAGGCGUAAUUUUAUCAUUGUUUUCGAUUAAAUAAAUAAUCUAUUCCUUUACUGGUCCUUUGAUAGAAUGCAUUAUACUAUGCCCUGCAAAUUGCUAAUGCGCUGGAACCUUGUCUAAAUAACAUCCGCGUGACGUCAUUAGAAAAUAUUAUACAAGGACAAGGAUAGCAUAAAAUGCAAGAGAUUUUUUUAAAUUAUAUAUAUAUUUAUGAAUUAUUUCCAAAAUAUUGUUACAAUAAUAUAAUAACAUUAGUUUGUUAGUUAAUUGCAACAAUGUUCGUAAAAAGCCAAUUUGUUCGUCAAUAUUGACCUUUUUAUAACGCGAACACGAAAAAAAACGAUAUUUUAAAAUAUCCUCGUAGUUAAGUAAUUAUGAAAUGAAAGACAUUAAAUAAAUUUAUUUUUUAAUGAAAUCAGCUUUACUUAUUGUGAAAACUAUAUUAGUAGUUCAUAGGCGUAGCUAGGGGGAGCCUGGAUGGGCCGGGCCCACCCUAAAAACCUUGUCACUUGUCAAAAGAAACUAUGUAAGCGUGGGAUGUCCGUUUCCGAAUAAAAUCGUUAUUAAAUGUAAUAUUAA